AUGCCUCCAGUAAGACCUUCACAAAGUAAGGACACCCCUGCCUACUGUGUCUGCUGUGACAGAGUGGUUACAAACCGACAGCAUGCCUUGUGUUGUGAUAACUGCUCCCAGUGGCAACACAGAUUGUGUAACAGUGGAGUUAGUUAUGCUCAAUACCAACUGAUGAAGAAGGGUGACCUCAACAUACAGUGGCAUUGGUGCAAGUGUAAGUGUCCUGCAGAUUCUUUGGCUCAGCUGGAAGACUUUACCUUGCCAGUUGGUGAAAGCACACACAUACAGACCUUCACAAGCGAAAACAGCCUGAUAACUCAAGACGACACAAGUGACCAUCAGCUGCCCGACCUGCAACCUGCACAGAACACUGCCAUGGAGUCUGCUUCACAUGCUGCCAUUCAUCUAAGCAACACCAGCAACAGUGAUGCCGGCACUUUCCACAUAACACACAGUUUUCAAAUUCCUCAAGAUAAUGUAGAGGAUGCAUUACCAGAUCUUCCAAUUGCAGACAUCUCGGCCAGCGAUGAGCCACACGUCACAACUUACCAGAUCAUACCAGCCGGCACACUCAAAGGAAAACCUCUCUUGGUUGACAGCAAUGGUUAUUCGUACAACAUCAAAGCUAACAAGAAUGGACAUCCUGGCAAAACUACUUGGCGUUGCAGCAUCCGGAAUCGCACCUUUACGUGCAAGGCCACUGUCUUACAAAAGGGCAACACUUUUACUCCAGGGCUCCAUGACCACGCUCAUCAGGCAGAACCAGGGAAGCAGAAGAACUACGAGAUUGUGGCUGAUGUCAAGCGUAAGGCGUCUGAAGAUGUGUUCCGUUCUGCCAGUGCCAUUGUUGAAGAAGUGAUGACCAGCCAGUUACAACCUACUGAUCCAGAGCCAAGUCGUCCUGCACCGGGCCUCCUUGUGAGACGGGCCAACAGACUACGCCAAGCAUUGCGGCCUACAGAUCCACAAGAUCUGCACUUCGAAGUAGCUGUUAACUUCAUACCACAAGAUUAUCUCCGCAAUGAUAUCGCAAUGGAUGGGGCAAGACAUUUGAUUUUUGCAACACAAGCACAACUUGACAUCCUGGAACGUGCCAAGACGUGGUAUGUUGAUGCCACCUUCAAGAUCGUCGCCCCCCCAUUCCACCAGCUACUCUCCAUUCAUGCUUUCAUCAAAGGAGAUGACAGUGACAUGAAGCAAGUCCCACUUAUAUUUGUGCUGAUGUCACGCCGUAGGAAAAGGGAUUACAAGGCUGUCUUGGAAUCUAUCCUUAACAUGGUUCCAAACAAUCACGUCAAGAAGGUUGUUGCUGAUUUCGAGCAAGCCAUUUGGAGAGCCUUCCGUUACAUCUUGCCAAACACCACCAUCCAGGGAUGCCUAUUUCAUUGGGCACAGUGUAUCUUUAGGAAGGUUCAAGACCUUGGUCUGGCGGUUGCAUACCGUGAAAACGGUCCAAUGCAGAAGUUUGUCAGGAAACUCUUCGCUCUCCCAUGUCUUCCUGUUGAACACAUUUGUGCAGCCUUCAACCAGCUCAGCAAUGAACCAUCGACACCAGCCGUAGCUCCACUUCUAGACUACAUCCGAGACACGUGGAUUGAAGGAGACCUGUGGCCGCCAACUUCAUGGUGCAUCUUCAACCAAUGAACAAGAACAAAUGAUGAUGUAGAGGGUUACCACCGUCGCAUCAAUGAGAAAGCCCGCAAUCAAGCCCACCAGCUCUACAAACUGAUCCCCCUCCUUCAUGCAGAGAGCUGCCUUGUUCCUCUUCAGGUCCAGCUUGUGAAGGAGCAGAAACUGAAAAAGUAUCACCGCAAACGUGCUCAGACCACCCAAGGACGAAUUUUCAGCUACUGGAGGCAGUACGAAGAGGGAACCCUGACAACAUCAUCCUUACUCAAGAAGUGUUCCAGGUUAACUGCUCCCAGUUUGUGAUGAAAUUGAGAGAAUUAUAUAAAUCAUAUGUGAGCCUACUUUUGAUGUAAAAAGAAUAUUUUAGUUUUAGGCUACUGCUUUCAUUGGAUAUUUAAAUUUAACUGUUUUUUAAAUCCUAUGUUUAUACAAAUAAAUGGAACCUUGCAUCGACUGUUUAAUACCCUGUUUUGGAGUAUCGAAGGCGAAAAAGGAAUAAGAAACGCGUAUGGACUUUUUACUUAUUUCACUACUUAGAAACCACUACCUUAGAAAGCUCCCCAUUGUUUGUCUAACAAAGGG